AUGAAGUUUACAGCCAUUCUGUGUGUUACUAUAUGUAUAUUUGGAGUGAUAUGUGCUUUGGAAAGAAACAAAACAAAUAGUGAAUAUAAUAAUGAUUUCGACGAAAGGAACAUUUCAGCAAGUAAUAUUGAGGCGCUAAAGGAUCUUCUAAUGAGAGAUAUAGAAGAAGAAUUCAAAAACGAUUUCUUGAUUCAAACAAAUACAAACAUCAGUGACAUGAUUGACGAAGAUGACUGGGAUAUGGAAACAGGGGAAACAACUGUAAACGCUACAGUUUUAAUGCAGAAUGAAAGUAUUAGCAAUUCAAGCAUAGAACUGGGAAACCAACACCUACUCUAUGGGAACCUGUCCGUACUUUUAGAAGAGGCAGCGAGCACCAUAGAAGAGAAAUCAGUUAUAAACGCGAAUGAAAGUAAGAGCAAAGAAAUUACAGGUAUUGGAAACCAGCAACUGCAUGAGGAUUUUACAGAAACGAUGAACACCACUUUAAACAAUACAGGAGUCAGACGGAAUAAUUCCAACACACCAAGUGAGGAGAAACUAGAUGUAACAACUAGGAAGCCAUUAUGGUCAGAGUUGUUAGAUGACGUUACUGUCGAGGAAAUAUUUAUAGAAAUUACAGCUAAACCAAAACGUUCGAGUAAAACAUCCACCACUACAGAAACAACAAACCAAAGGUUCACAGAAAUGGAUGAAGACUUAAGCCAUUACAUCAAAGACAACUUACAACAUGGAAAUCUUGUUUCUCACACAACAAUGAAACCAAGCAACGACCAAAGCUAUAUUACAGAGUAUUUUAAAGGCGGUCUCCAAUCAACCACUGCAUACCCUAGACCAAGCAAUCCUUGGGAAGAUAAAUUACAAUUUGUUCCUGUAGCUAAAGAGUUAACAACACAGAACCCAAAAGCACGUACCAAAUCCGUUAAACAUCAAAAUAUCAAGGGAGGUAAAGCAAGAUCAAGAAAAGUUUAUGUCUACGAGACAGACAAAGACGAUGAUUUGAUGGUGGCUAACAAGGAAGAAGAUGAAUAUAUUCUUGUGAAGUAUAACAGUGGGACCGUACGGGUUAAACGUUCAUUUGAAGACUACAGUGGUUCAGGAUCAGGAUCGGGAGCAUUAGCAGUGCGCGGUGAACUAUGGAUUUCUCCUAUUGUUAGAGGAAAUGAGUCGAUAAACGGAACGUCCGAGAACAAUAAACGCAAGCAACUAUUGGCUUUAUCGCUUAAGACAUACCUGGACCCAUACAUUAAAAGAAUGGCGUAUACACAUUUGACCUAUACGUAUUUUGGAGUUGAUAUGCUAAGAUCAAGUACAAACUUCACCAUCGUAGAGUUUGAAAUAUACCUUUUUGAUUCUGUACACGAAUACGACAAUGUGUUUGAUGCUGAAAUCCGGUUGGUAAUAGCCAAGGCCUUGAUCAACAUGAGAGUAAUAGAUUCAAAUUACAAAGUCGUAUUAGCACAGUUAGAAAAUGUCACGAAUAAUAUGCAAGCAGUUAACUGCAUAACAUGUGAGACGUACGAAAUAUGUGAGCCAGUAAACGGCAACAUGAUUGAAUGGCACUGCAAGCCAUCUGAGCCACGAGCGUAUCCAUACGGAGUUCUGUCAAUGGAUGAAACAUUACCUAGAAACAGAGAAUUCGCCUCAGCAAAAAUUAACAUAGAAGAUUUUAUACCUUAUGAAAACACAUUAUUUCAACACAUAUGGAUUUCUGUGAAUGGAUUGAUAAGUUUUGGAGAUGAGUAUUCCAGUUUCACGCCUCAACGACUGCCAGUGUUAGAUAAAAAAGGAAAUCCUCGAACUCUGUUAGCUCCGUACUGGACAGACCUUGAGCUCAAAGAUGGUGAUGAGGGACAGGUUUAUUAUCAUGUUUACAAGUGCUGGCUAGAAACAUCCUCUAAAGCAUGUGAAAGGGCCAAGAUCGACAUUGUUAGAUAUGCUAACAUUUCAACCUACACUGCGACCAUUGUUAUUGUAGUCACAUGGGUUAAAGUGCCCGUCACAGGAAAUACGAGAAACGAGCGUGUGUCAUUCCAGUGCGUUAUUGCAACCGAUGGCUACACAACCUAUGCUAUUUAUCUAUAUAUGCAAGGAGCUAUGCAAUUCAAGCCAUUGUCUGCAAGGAAUGUUGAGGUUGGGUGGGGAAAACAAAACUUCGAUACAUCCAGAUUGUCGUAUUAUAUGUUUGACAGAGUUCUGGGAAAUACAGGAGCCCCUGGCCAAUGGUUUAUCAAAGUUGGAGAAAAAGACAACUAUAAAAUGAUGUGUAGAUCAUGGUAUCGAUCAGCCUCUGUUGCUGAAUUGAUUGCUAUCAAUAAUAAGAAUAUAGAAAUGCCAGCAUGUCCAUGUAAUGAAUUGGUGGCCUACAAUAGUCCACUUUGGGUGCAAACCACACAUGUCCAGAAUCAAAGUCACUGUUUUGAUUUACUGCCAUAUUAUGGUGAAUUUGGAAGGCGAUGCUGCUAUCGUAUGGAUGGGAGUUUCAGUCUUGAAACCAGAAAGCCACAAGCAGGCAGCCUUCAACGCAACAAUGCUUUCAAUUCUUUAAUACACAAUUCUAGAGAUCACCAACUGAAUGAUAUUGAACCAAAAAAUUGGUGCUGCUAUCAAUCUGAUUUAUGUGAACUAUACUAUGAAUUAAGACCAACUGUACAAUGUAUUGCAAGUAGUUGGGUGAGGGGAUUUUUGUUUGGUGACCCUCAUAUUUUUACUUUCGAUGAGCGAUUUUAUAUUUUUAAUGGCCUUGGAGAAUAUAAAAUAUUGGAGAUAGAUGGCAUUGCAAAGGACAGAACUGACAUCAAUUUUAUGAUGCAGGGUCGGACUUGCAGUGCAUUAAGCAAAAAUGGAACAAAAGCAAGAGCUGCAGUUUGGUGUGCUUUUGCUUUUAAAAAUGGAGAUGAUAUGAUAUUAACAGUACAAAUAAGUCCUGGGGAUAGAAUGAUGGUUAUUUAUGCAAAUAAUAGAGAUUACUCUGCACCAUUUAAAAAUGAGCCAGAAUUCUUUGCUGUUGAAAAGGGAAUGGUCAUCAGACAACAAAAUGGAUCCUUGAAGGUUUCAUUUUCUGAAAGUGUUGGAGUCACAAUUACCCUAUCAUAUGGUUUUCUUGAAGCUUAUGUAAGCUUAGAUAAGAAAUAUCAGAAUAUGACACGAGGGCUCUUAGGCAAUUUCAAUUAUAUCAAGACAGAUGAUUUUAUAUUUACUAAUGGGACUACACUCACAGAUAAAUCGUCUGAAAGACAACUUCUUCAUUUUGUACAGAGCUGGGCAGUAACUCAGUCUGAAAGCUUAUUUCCAUAUGCUUAUGGGCAAAGCACAUCAACAUUUUCCUUUACAAAUUUCACCCCUUUAUUUUAUGAUGAGCUUAGUUAUGCAAUAACCAAUUCUUCCAGUACAUUUUGUAAUGGAAUGUUUCAAAUACCUUGUAUUUAUGAUUACAUUGCUACUCAAAAUGAAAGUUUAGCAAAACAUUCACUAGAAGUAGCAGAUCAGUUCAUAAUGGAGAAUACCAAUAUGGCAAACCAAGCACCAUUUAUUAAGCUAAAUCAAACAAACUUUGAAAUAUAUAUAAAUACUCCUUUUUUCGUCAAUGUUAGUGGCUUUGAUAUUGAUGGGAACAUUACACACUUCGUAGUAUUAACAAAUGUAAAUUACACUGAAAAGGCAAAAAUUCAAGUUACUACAACACAUAAUGCAACAACUGAAUUUAUAUUUAAGGUUACAGAUUCUAUUGUAGUAACAAUUGGAAUAACAGCUGUUGAUGAUGAAAACUUGCAGUCAGAAGUUAUACCAUUGUCUCUUACUCUCUGUACUGGUUGCAGAGUUGAUUGUGAAGAAAUUAUUGAUGGCUGUGCUGAUAAGCUCUGCCCAUUAGGUUGUACAAAUCUUUCAAACAAUAUAAAUCAGGCUACUGGAGUAUUUUAUAACUGUGAAAAUUGCCCUGUUGGUUUUAUUCUUAGCAUUUCUAAAACCAAGUGUGAAGACUUUGAUGAAUGUCAAACUUUACCAUGUGAUUCUCAUGCUGACUGUGAAAAUACUUAUGGAAGUUUUUUGUGUCACUGUCAGAGUGGUUACCAAACUGUAAACAACAGUUGUGUGGAUACAAAUCAGUGUAAAUCUGUAAACGCAACAUGCAAUUAUGGCUGCAACAAUGACACUCAAGGCUGUUUUUGUAAACAUGGAUUUAUUCUGAAAGAAGAUGGCAUUAAUUGUAUAGAUGUUGAUGAAUGUAAGAACAAUAGUUGCUCACAAAACUGCAGUAAUAGUGAAGGGAGCUUUACUUGUAGCUGUAAGUCUGGUUACAAGAUAAACAGCAAACAUGCUCACAAGUGUGAUGAAUGUCCUGAUAAUAUGUAUGGGUUAAACUGUGCCUCACAAUGUGAAUGUAAGGGCCAUGCUCAACGAUGUGACAGUAUCAAGGGCUGUAUCUGCCAAGACAAUUGGAAGGGAACAAACUGUGACAUUGAUGUUGAUGAGUGUGUAGUAAAACCAAAUAUUUGUCCACCAGAUCAUCACUGUAAAAAUACAUUGGGAUCCUACAGAUGUGACUGUCCUACAGGAUUUGAAGAAGAUAUAAACAGAACUUGCAACAACAUCAAUGAAUGCAACAAUAUUCUGUUAAAUAAUUGCUCCCAAAACUGCAUUGAUGCACCAGGCUCUUUCAUUUGUGAAUGCUUCAGUGGUUUUACAAAACUUUCUAAUGGGACUUGCUUAGAUAUAGAUGAAUGUCAUAAUGGCCAAUCUGGCUGUGAGCAGAUCUGUUUGAAUGUUCCAGGGAGUAGCUACUGUGGUUGUUAUCCAGGUUAUAGAUUAAAGGAUGACAGAAAGACAUGUGAAAAAGAUGCUGUGGAUCCUUGCGUCAAUUUUUACCUUAACUGCAGCCAAGGCUGUACAGGUGUAAAUGGAACACCUCAAUGUUUCUGUCAUACUGGCUUCACUCUUAGCACUAAUAACUUUGAUUGUAUUGAUGUAAAUGAAUGCAAAUCAGAAAAUAACAAGUGUGAUGGAAACUGUGUCAAUACUAUGGGCUCCUACAACUGCUCAUGCCCUGUAGGCUAUAAACUGCAAAAUGAUAAAUUAAGCUGUCGAGCAUGUGAUGCUUAUCACUGGGGAGAUAACUGUGCAACUACAUGUAACUGCAGCAUGCAGGGCACAUCAAGUUGUGAUGCUGAAAUUGGAUGUCAAUGUAAAACAGGCUGGGCUGGGACAUGGUGUGAGAUUGAUCAAGAUGAAUGUUCUAGUGAAUUUUUUCCUUGUCUGCCAUUGUCUUCAUGUAUUAACACACCUGGAUCAUUUGAAUGUCAGUGUAAAGAAGGAUAUAUUGACUUAACUAACCAUACAUGUACAGAAUGUUAUUAUGGAACUAACGGGUACAGUUGUAAUCAAAAUUGCUCAUGUAAUGUAACAAAGGGUAUUUGCUUUGCUGAGAAUGGAACAUGUGAGUGUCUAAAGGGAUGGAAUGAUACAGACUGUAAUACUGAUAUAAAUGAAUCUUGUAGUAAAAUGAAAUUUGGUCGAGACUGCAUUGAGACAUGUAAUUGUGUUCAGCUUCACACUGAGAAAUGCAAUAAUAUUAAUGGAUCCUGUACAUGUAAGCCCGGCUGGACUGGAGUUCAUUGUGAGACAGAUAUUGAUGAAUGUUUAAACACUAGCUACUGUCCAGAUGCUCAUGACCAUUGUUUUAAUGUAAAUGGAUCGGCUGAAUGUAGAUGUGAUGAAGGAUAUGGAAAAUCAAUUGGCCCACUUUGUGAAGAUAUAGAUGAGUGCCUUGAUCCAUCUUACCAGUGUGACUUGAAGACUACGACAUGUAACAAUGCAGAAGGAUCAUAUGAAUGUAUUUGUAAACCUGGACAUUUAACAAAAACAAAUGACAAAUUUGCUUGUACAGUGAACUACAUUUCAUUCCCUUUGACUGUUCAACUUCAGUACCCCAAAGAGAAAAUAAACCCAUUCUUGUUUAUUUCAACGACGACAGAAUCAAAAGUAUUAUCAAGUAAAAUUGCAGAUAGUUUAACUAAAUUUGGUAAAGAAAAACUUGGGCAAGCUAUUUUGCCUUUCAUUAUAAAUAAACUUGUAAAUGGAUCCGUUAUUGCCUAUACAGAACUACAGGUUGAUCAAUUGUAUACUAAUAGUGACUCAGACCCUGCUUCAACGUUUGCUUAUGAACUAAACAAAGCAGGAAAUUUGACUAUUGGUUCUGAAGUAAUUGAAGUACUGGAUGUUUCUGUGUGUAACACUUCAUUGAAAAAGCUACCAAGUUCAUGUGAAGUGUACUCUGUCUUGAAGAACUGUUCAUCUAGUCCAUCAUACAAAGAGAACAUAGUACCAUCAUGUAAAAUCAUAGAAAACAAUACUGCAUUAACAAUUGGACUGUCUGUUGGACUUAGCCUGUUGGUCAUCAUCACAAUAGCUAUUGUGGUGCUUGUUAUCUUGCACUGCAGAAAUAGAAGACAAAAACAUGAUAAAGAGGAAUAUAUUGAAAUUAAUCCACAGCUACCAUCCCCAUUACCAGAUGAUGCUUUUUACAAAACAACUGAGGGUGAACAUGAUUAUAAUAAACCUGAGAAGGAAGAUACAGAUCCUGAUGAACAAUAUCAAAUGAUAUCAACCACAUCAGUGGAACAUGGAGCUAAUUUAACUUACAAAAACCUUGAUGUCAAUCCUUAUGAUGAAAUAGUCAAAGAUGCAGUCAAUAAAACAGCUGCAUUUAGAGAAAGAGCUAUUAGUUCAAACAAUGAAAUUGCUCCCAAGAAGUUGAAUAAUAAACCAGCUGAAGAUUCAGAUACAACCAACAGUACAUACAAUGAAAUACAGAAUAAUCAAAAUAGUGUAAAUGAUAUGAAUUCAGACAUAAACAACACUCCAUACAAUGAAAUCUCCAUCAAUCACGACCAUGAAGUUGCCAAUAGCCUAGAAGAGGAUAACAGUCCUUAUAAUGAAAUUAAUCCUGACGAAGAUAAAGGUCACAAUCCAUACCAUCAAUUAAAUGAAUCUGGAACAAAUGACUUGGACAAGGAACAUGUUUAUGAAAAGAUCCAUAAGUGAACAGUUGAAUCUAAUCUAGGCUUAACCACAUUAGUAAUCCUUAGUUUGAUAUAAUAAACAAUAUUUGUUUGUAAAUCAUGUUCCCUUUUUCAUUCUAACAUUAAAAUUUAAAUGGAGAUUGUUUCCAAUACCAUUAUAUGAAUAUGUUACCAGAAUGUAUAAAACCCCAGCAUGUAUAAAAUAUCUUGGCAAUUUAGCUAUUCCUGUUGUUCUUUGAAUCACAGAAUGAAAGUCCCUGAUUUUCAUAAGAUGGGUGAGUCAAAGUCUUUCAAUCCAGUGGUCAGUUUUCUAAUUUGAUGUUUGGCUUAGCUCUUUCAAGCAUAAUUAUAUUCUACACUCUGCCUGUGGUUGUUUAGGUAAAUGUAUGACCCAUUUCCUAAAUGGAAAUAUUUCAUUAUUCUUGUUUUUUUUAAAGCAGUAUUAAACCAAUUUACUCAAGGUGUUCAAAUGAGUUUGAAUUUAAAUUCAUGUUUGAGUUAUGUUUGCCAUUGUAGUUUGCUACAAGUUAAAUUAUGCAUUUGAUUGUCACUUUAACUUCUCAUGUCCAAAAGUAUAAAUAGUUCACAAUGGUUUAGUCUUUUAUA